AUGAACUCGGCGUACCUAUCAUUGGGCGGAAGUUGUUUGGCGUUCGCUGUACUAGUCAUGUGCUUCACAGGAUCGGCAGAGGUAGGCUUGUACAAGAAAAGUUACAGUAAUCUUUUUGUAAAGAAAGUUUUUGCAAUUUUUUGUUUUGUAGAGAAAUUUCUUGUCAUUUUUAGUUUGUAAAGAAAGUUCUUGACAUUUUUUGCUUUGUAAAGAAAGUUCUUGCUAUUUUUUGUUUUGUAAAGAAAGUUCCCGCCAUUUUAUGUUUCGUAAAGAAAGUCCUUGCUAUUUUUCAUUUUGUAAAGAAAGUUCUUUCCAUUUCAGGCUCAAGACCUCGAGUAUUACCCAGUGAGGAAUCAAGCUGCUUUCUAUUUCCGUCCGCGUCCAGCGCCCUAUGAUGUGAGCGCCGAGUUGGGCGGUCGGGUCGAGUUGCCCGUGGGCUGGAACCGCCGUUUCGGCAAACGUGGCCAACGACUGCGACGUGUCGCCGUUCUGGAUUCGUUGGGAGGACGAGACUUUUUGAUUCGUUGA